AUGACGAGAGUGAAGCACACGCGAGCUUCUCGCAAGCCUGACCAAGGGUUUGGAAAGGUUAGACUCGAGUCAUUCAACCAACGGCAAUCUCAAAUCAUUCAGGUUUUUAUUCCAGAUUCUUAUUCCAUAAUCGACGAUGUUUCCGGCAGCAGAGUCAAAGAGGACCUCGACGAAAUCAAGCAAACCCUAACUCGUCAAUUUUGGGGAAUGGCCUCCUUCCUCGCUCCGCCACCUUCAAAUUCUCAAUCCGAUCCCUCUCUUUUCGUCUCCGACCAAUCCAAUCAUCGCUCUAUUUCUCAACCACAAUUGGAUGACGCUGCUGCGAUUUCCGAUCACUCUUCAGACGCCGAACAGGGGAACGAUCCUGAAUCGAAUUCGGUUUCCUUCAGAUCCGAUUCGAAAGGGAAUUGCGGUUUCGAGCUACGCGCGGUUGGAAUUACAGAAGAGGUGUUGGCAUUUGCCAUGAACAUCGCUAUGCAUCCCGAGACGUGGUUGGAUUUUCCUAUUGAGGAGGAAGACGACACCGACGAUUUUGACAUGUCUGAUGCACAACAAGAGCAUGCUGCGGUUGUUGAAAGAUUGACUCCUAGAUUAGUUGCCCUCAGAAUCGAACUAUGUCCUUGUCAUAUGAGCGAAAGUUACUUCUGGAAAGUCUAUUUUGUACUUUUGCAUUCAAGGCUCAAUAAAGAAGAUGCCGAGAUUUUGUCUACACCCCAGGUCUGUUACAUUGGAUUUUGGCUUUUCCGUAACUCUUGCAAUCACCCUAUUGUAUAAUCUCUCGCAAGAUGUUGGUGAUGAAGUCAUAUUAAAUUGUUUUCAGCGUUUAUUUGUAUAAUUAUGAUUUUCUAGACCCCGUUUGACUAGGAAUGAAUGUUCCAAUAUCGUUAUUUGAUGGAAGAGCUCGCUUGCAGUUUGGAAAUAGGUGGUUCUCAAAGUCACCUGUUGAGAAUUUACUU